AUGAAAUUGGAGAUGCUCGAAUAUUUGUUGAUUCAAUUAAAUUUCUAGGAGAACAAACUGAAAUCGAAACAUACUCUCUUCUAUGUGAUCUUGAGUCAAAUAUUGAGUAUAUUUUUUCUGAUCCACCCUUUUGUAUCAAUUAGAGGGAGGCAGAAUCAAUUUGAAUCUAUAAUGGAAAUACCAAAAGUGAUUCUCCUUGAAUUCUUAGAGUAAGAAUAUGUGGCUGAGUAUUCAGUUUUGAUCAUGAAUGCUUGGAUAAUCAUAUUGUUAAUAUCCUUAUUCUUUGAAAAUUAGAAAUAAAAAAUUAGUCAGAUGAAAACAUUUGAAGCGCAAUAAUUAUAAUCAAUUCCAAUAUAUUAUUUGAUGCUCACUUCUAAAGCCAUAAAUUAUAUGUUACUCCAACCUUUGCUUUGUUUGGGAUUGUUUAACUUGCAGACUAAUUUCUAAUCUAAUAAUAAUAAUAUCUACUAUAUUAUCUAAAAUCUAGUGUUUCUCCUGUUUGUUCAUAUAUUUUCAAUAGGCUAUUAUAUCUUAAAUAAUACUACUUUACUACUAACAGACAAGAUGGAUAAGAAAAUCGAAGAUGACUAUUUAGAUUUUAUAAUCUAUAUCCUCAGAAUACUUCAAUCCUAUCUAUUCAUUUUAAUGGACACUCAUCUUACAGCUUAUUUAUAAGGUGCAAUUUACCUCUCUAUUAGCCUAAUCAGAAUAUACACCAUAUUACUUUAAAUGAAGUAUUGUGAUUUCAAUCAUUGCUUCAUUCUGUUAUUUUUUUCCUCCUCAGGAAUGAUUAUGUCAAUCUGUAUAUUUGGAGAAUAGAAUUUGAAUUUAGCAUAUUUGAUGUUGUUGAAUCCCUUACUGAUAUUCUGUCUAUGGAAUUCUCUCAGCUAUUAAAUCGAAUGCAUCAUACUCAACGACCCCCAAAAGUUAUCGAUAGACAAGCUACAUUUUUUAGUUUGUUUCAUCUUUGCAGACAAUCAAUUUUCAAAAUAAAAAAAUUGUCUCCUCAAUGGAAUUAAAUUUAGCAAGCACAUCCUAAAUUGUCAAUCAACUAAUUGCUCAUGCAAAAACAAAUACAAAGUCAAUGAUCCAUUGGAAUUGAAUCUAAUUUAAUUGGAUAUAUUCUAAUAGUUUCAAAAUACAAUUGUUCAAUAAUUCAAACUACACAAUCUACAUAAGAAAGGCAAGCACUUCUAUAAGAUGUGUCAUCUCCUAUCAGCCUUGCAUCAAUUGGGACAUCAUUAGGAAAUCUAUUAUCACAUUGAAGAUUAGAAGUACAAAAACUUGUUAACCUUUGUCUAACAAAUAAAUUGGAUUGUGUUCACAUUCAUCAUUAAAAAACAGAUGUACAAUAAAUUUGCCCAGCAAUUAGAAACAGAUAAUAAAGAAUGUCUAGAAUUAUCAGCAAAAAUAACAGCGUUUCUACAUUCGGAAUCAUUUAAUUUGUAAAUUAGGAACAAUCUAAUCUCAAUAAUUCAAUUAAAAAUCCAAAUUCUAUCCUCCCUUUUGAUAUUAGACAAUGAGGCAUUAUAUGAAUACAUUGAGACAUUUGCUUUAGAAAGUCUGAAAAGAGAAAAAUAAUUGAAAUAAAUAUUCUUGAAAUUUCCAAGUUCCAAAAAUUAAUCCAUUCUAAUGUUUUACAUGGGAGAAGUAGUGAAUGAUUGGUAUAGGGCCUAUGAAUUCAACAACUUUAGCUCAUUUGACAAUAAGGCAUACUAGCAAUUCAUCUCAAGUGACAUUAAUAGUAUCUCAAAUAAAAUGACUUACCUAGUAUUUGUGUAUGAAAAUCAGAAAUUAUACUUGUCAGGUAUUUCUAAAAAGGCUUGCGAAAUAUUCGGCUGGGAUUAAGUAUAAUUCUCUUAAUUGAGAGAUGCUAAUGUCCUUCUUCCCAAUUGCAUACGAGAUACUCAUGACUAAGAGAUUGAUAAAUUCUUAUAGACGGGAAAAGGAUUGUAUUUUAGAACAAAGGGCAUCAAUUUUUGUCAAUGCAAAACUGGAUAUUUGUAACCUAUUCACUUUUUUUAUGAUAUCCAAUUUGACUAAUAAUCCUUUUUUCAAUUCAUCUCCUUCAUCUAAAAACUAGAAACUCCUCUAGCCAUCUUGAUUGUAGAUUAAUAGGCGAAAAUCCAAGGAGUAAGUAGGGAUUUCUUUAAGAUGAUGAAUUUCUCUUAAUUAGCGAUUGAUUCAAUAGCAGUGCAAAAAUUAUUGUAUGGAUUGCCAUCCUAUUUGUUUUUCUCUUUGUCUUAGUUCGCUAUUGAAUCUACUACAAAGUCAGUCAUCACCUUCCCUAAUGAAGAGCAGUGUCUAUUAAUGCAAAGUUAAAGUAUAAACCAAAAGAUAACUAUGUGUAAACAAAGACACUAAUAAAAUCUAUUUGAAGUGCAAGGAGAUAUCCAAAUAAGAAAUUCAUAUAAUAUCAUUAGAAUCUACAGAAUGAUGGAAUGUGAACCAUCAAUCUAAACAUAAAAGCAAAUUGAGUAUUAUAAUUCAGGCGAAUUUCCAUCCUUGAUUAAUGAUGAAGAUGCUGUAAUCACUCCAUACGAUGAAUGCUUCUAGUUCUUUUCCCCUCUUAAUGAAAAUCAAUAAAACUAAUCAAAUCAAUACUUUCUAAGAUCUACCUAAAAGCAGAUUACCAAGAAAAUCCUUUUGAUGGAAUCAAAUCUUUAGAAUAGUUUAUCCUAAUUAGUUGAAAAUGAAUAAUAAACAAUUAAAAUGCUAGGGAAUAUCUAUUAAAACGAAUAAGAAGAUGACACUGUCUCCUUCUAAUAGGAUGCAUAAUCAAGUGCCUCUUAUGAAGAAUUAAGGAAAUCUCACUUCUAUAAAAAGUACUGCCUAUAUCACACUAUAAUCAAUUCUGAUGGCAUACAACCCUAUAUUCUUAAAUCAACAAUCAACCUAUUUCUACUCUUGCUAAUUAUUUUUAUAUUUAUCGUAUUGUUUUCCAUUUUUAAAGCAUAUGAUCUCCAAAAAAUUAUAUUGUGCUAUGAUCAAAUUCAGAUUAAUCACUUUUUCAUUGAACCCAUCCAUAAAUUCUUCUUGGCUAGAUUGACUGUUUAAGAUUACUUUUACCUCAGAUAUACAAAUCAGAUUAGUUAAGCUUAGGAUCAAUUCUAUUAACCAUUUUCUUUAGCGAAUAUUAUUAGAGAAUAUUCAGUGAUGCGGCUUAAUUUUUAAGAGCAUUUUUAGGAACAGAAAUUUCAGGAAUUCUUAUAUAGUUAAUACAUGGUUGUAAAAUAAUAAACAAUCCACUACACUCCGAUUAAUACUUCAGAUUAUAACAUUACAGUGUAAUCAGCAUUUGCUUUAUUAUUAGAUGCAUUCUACAAAUAAGAAUUAAUCUAUUUGAAUUAAUUUAAUGUAAACAUCUUAGGUGUAACACCUCAUCAAACAUUCUAAUACAUAAAUUACAUCAAAUUCAUCACUAUCUUUGACGAUAUAUCCAAUUAGAUUUAAUCCGAAUUCAUAAAUUAGAUGGAAACAACUGAAAAACUGUGGGUAUUCCUAAGUUUUCCAACUCAAUUAAUUUCAACACUUUUUCUGUUAGGAUCCCUUCUAUAUAUGAGACAUUUCAAAAGGAUUAUUGAUAAAUUCAUUAACUUAAGAUCAUUUACAGAUUUAUAAAGUGUGAGUAAAGAUCUCAAGAGGCUUUCCUUUUUGAUCAAUCAUCUUAAAUCCGAUUCAGACAUGAUCUAUAAAUAUAGAUUUAAUUUAAAUGCAAAAGAAUCAAUAAUUAUGGAAAAUAAAAGGGGGAAAAAUACAGUUAAGGAUGAUGCCCUCUAUAAUAAAUAGACAUCCAUCAUUAAGCUGAUUCAAAUUUAUAUACUCAUAUUCAUUGCAUGUGCAGGAAUGAUACUUACCUUAACUUUCGUCGUAAUAUCAUUCUAUUAGCUAUUCCCAAAGACAUUCAAUUAUUUUAAGUUGUUCUCUGAUGUCGGUGUCUAUGUACCAGCAGCCUUCUCGCAAAAGGAAAUUUUGUAUUUUUGGAGCAGAUUUCAAUUCUUCACUCCUUAAGACAGAGUCUAAUUCAUGGAAUAAGUUUCAAUAGGUAUCGAGAAGAUUAAUUCAUUCAUUUCAACUGAUGUGUAUUUCAAUGAGUUUCAGUUUUCCAAUGAUUUUUUAACUUAUUUCCAAAAUAUUGGAUAAAGCAACCUAUGUCCAUUAUUAAAUGAAAGCAAUUAUGUUGAGUUUGAUUACUUUUGUGAAAAUUCAAAAAAUGGCAUUCUGAAAAGAGGUCUAUUACCAACUUUGAGCGAUUUUAACUAUUAAUUGAAAUAUGAAUUAGAUGCUGGAUUAAUUAAUAGAACCAUAAUACCGAUUGAGGAAUUAGAAGCAGUGUACCUCUGUUCGGAAGUAAUAAGUUAAUUAUGCGAUUAAAUGUUGUAAGACAUUGUGAACCAAAUCAAUAAAUUAGAUAACAUUUUAAAUUGGAUCCUGACAUCAUCUUUUAUAUUACUUGUUUUUGGAUGCUUCAUAGUUUAUGUUAGGGUUUAUCCAAGAAUGAAGAACAAAUUAAAAUAUGUGAAAAAGAUUACUGAAAUAUUUCCAUAAGAUACGAUAUUUUUAAAUGAUUAUUUGGAAAGAGAUCUUAGAAAGAUAAUAUUAACAGAAUAAAUUAAUUGA